AGAGGGCUUAUAUAUUGCAUUGGUCACAGUAAGGACUCGGUGGUGACUACCAUGGCCGACUCUUCUCAAGACCUCGACCAACUCCUCGAUAGUGCUUUGGAUGAUUUCCAAUCCUUCAACCUUAAUCCGUCCCUUCAAAGAAGUGGGGAAGCAACUGCAGCUGGGAACAAAAAGGAGUCGCUUUCUUUGCCUUCGGGGAUUCAAGGAUUGGGCGCAGGGUUACCUGAUUUGAGAACCAAGAAAAAGGGUAAACUGAAGGUUUCGAAAGAUAGCCAUGUCUCGGAGGCCCUCAACAAGCUUAGGGAACAAACCAGAGAAGCCGUUAAAGGCCUCGAUUCUAUGUCCCCACACGUUGGGGAUGAUCUCGGUAAGGAUGCCAUGAUGGAGGAUUGGGUCAAACAGUUUGAACAACUUGCUGGUUCUCAGGACAUGGAAUCUAUUGUGGAGACCAUGAUGCAGCAGCUUCUGUCCAAGGAGAUUCUUCAUGAACCAAUGAAAGAAAUAGGAGAAAGAUAUCCUAAGUGGUUGGAAGAGCAUAAAACCAAUUUAAGCAAAGAAGAAUAUGAACGGUAUUCACAUCAGUAUGAACUGAUACAAAAUCUUAAUGAAGUUUACGAGAAUGAUCCUGCAAACUUCAACAAGAUUGUUGAGCUCAUGCAGAAAAUGCAAGAAUGCGGACAACCACCGAAUGAUAUUGUCCAGGAGCUUGCUCCUGAUUUCGAUUUAGCCAGUCUUGGCCAGUUAUCUCCAGAAAUGCUUGACUCUCAGUCUCAACCAAGUUGUUGUAUAAUGUGAAGCUAUUUUUUCGCUCUUACAAUGUGGUAGCCGCUGGUUUACAGGUUCUUAGGAAUAUUUAAUUUUCACUUGUCAGAAUAAAACAGUUUUAUGCGCUACAAAUUGUUCUUUCCUUACUUAAUAUAAGGUUAUGAGGAACCUACAUUUUAUAGCCUCUGAUUAAAGUUGUAUAUGAUGAGGACUUGUCUAUUAACAUUUUCUGCAAGCAAUGAUAUUACGAGUUGCUUGUUGCAAACAAUAUUUGCUUUCUGAAUUUUUGAGAAUCAUUUCCCAUCAUUCUUGAGAUCCCUGAAUAUGAUGUACCU